AUGGGGAUAUUUGUCAUAGCCCUUUUACAUGUAAUAGUUUAUCAGUGGAAGCCACCUCAAAAAGCAGGGCAAUUUAACUUUGCAAGAAAAAUUAAUGAGGUAUUGAAUCGAGGCAAUUUUGUACAACAAGAUGACAGCUCAAGACGAAGUAGAAACAUGAAAUUUUACAUAGCAUUUAAAUAUUGGGAACAACUUUCAAUGGCGACUAACAAUCUGAUCGCCCUCACGGCUUUAGCAAGCUACAGUGGGCACCAAGUUGUUGCACCUUUUGUAAAUGAUUCAAAGUUUUUUGGUUAUAAAAUGAGCAGUGAUGACACUCAAACACUGGCAUUGUACUACAAUCUGAGCGCAUUUAACAACACGCUUCGUUCACACGGAUACAGCACUUCAGUGAGCUGGGAAACAUUUCAGAGUGUUUGCCGAGACAAGUUGGAUUUACUGGUACAAUUUAGUUAUGGUGAAGAAGCUUCACGCCGACAACAAACCAAGGAAAUUCAAGGUCUUCAAACUAGAUUUGGCUUCAAUAUAUCGAAAACUGUUCGCGUGGAUUCUGGAAUGCUUCGAUCGGUUGAAUCUUUUCUCGACAAAGUGGUCAAAGGAAGUAUAAGUGCGUUGGGAUCGAAGAGUGGAGAGGAAACCAGGAGGUCCCAGAACGAGCGUUCUUUCCACUUCCAAUGGAUAUCCAUUCUUCCCUUUCACUGCACCAUGUAG